AUGGCAACCCCAGCUUUCGGCGCUCAAGCCUUUACAGAACCCCAAGCAAAUAAUGCAGCACUCUACUCGUCAAGAAGGCGGCAGACAAUCACUGGAAGCCAAAUAUUGGACAACAUCGUGGCGGGAUCGAACUUUGACAAGGAUGAAGUUGACCGGUUACGAAAGAGGUUUAUGAAGUUGGAUAAGGACGGUUCCGGCACGAUUGAACGAGAAGAGUUUCUUAGCUUACCACAAGUGAGCUCGAAUCCAUUAGCUACGAGAAUGAUCGCCAUCUUCGACGAAGACGGCGGCGGCGACGUCGACUUCGCCGAGUUCGUCCAAGGCCUCUCCGCCUUCUCCGCCAAAGGCCACAAAGAAGAAAAACUCCGCUUCGCAUUCAAAGUAUACGACAUCGAUCGCGACGGGUACAUCUCCAACGGGGAACUCUUCAUAGUGCUGAAGAUGAUGGUUGGGUCGAACCUGAAGGAUCAGCAGUUACAGCAGAUUGUGGACAAGACGGUGAUGGAGGCGGAUAAGGAUGGGGAUGGGAAGAUUAGUUUUGAGGAGUUUAAGGGGAUGGUGGAUCGGGAGGGUGGGAGUAUUGACGUGGGGAUGAGCAUGACGCUUGAUGCGUUUUGA